CUACAUUCCAAAAAUGUUGAUUCAUCUCAUUACAGGGUGGUUCCCCUCAGGUGAUCCAUCUUCAGCCCUCCCCUUGAAUUUUUCUGGGUGUGGAAAGAGCCCAGAAUGAGCAUAAAAAGAGGCAGAAGGAGAUCCAGAGACACAACGGUGAUCUCCACCUAGAGCCUGAGCAGGAUCUUCAGAGACCCUCUGAGAACAGAAGCAUCAUCAUCUUCACUCUUCAUUAACACUGCUGAGGCCUGAUCGGAUCUCCUCCAACAUGCUCCGCCCCCUGCUCUUCCUGUUUGCUGUCAGUGGACUGACAGGAGUCCAUGGAAUCUGUGCCGGCAGUGGAGGCUGCUUGUGCUCAGUGGUCGGUUCCAAUAUCCUUGACUUUACUGGAGAUUUCUGGUUUGUGACCGAUCUGUGUGAUUACUUUCUGCUGCGAGAGAAGCCUACUGGAUUCUCUCUGAAGGCCAAGUUCCUGGAACGGCGUCGCAGAGAUGUGAGCUUUGUGGACAGUCUCACUCUGGACUUCAGUGACAGUGAUGACAUUCAGCUGCUGCAAGGACACAGAGUCAUGGUAGCAGGAUCAGCUGUGACCCUCACCAGUUCAGUCCAGACGUUUAGUGGAGUUGAUCUCUCCAAGGACCAGACUGGAGUCACUGCAAACUUUUCAAUCAAAGGUUCAUCUGUGUCUGUGUUCUUUGAUGGAACCACAGCUCAGAUCUACAUAUCUGAUCCCGUCAAUUUUAACUAUGACGGUCUGUGUGCAAAAGCCGUCUAUUUCUCAUAUUUUAGGAUCCCCAGUAAUGAAAGCUGUGAGGCUGGGGAUUCUGACCCUCUUGACCCCAUUGACACUGAGGCUGUAGAUGCACAGUGUGAUCUCCUGAAGACAGCUCCGUUCUCCCCAUGUCACUCGGAAGUUGUUCCAGAUCAAUAUAUAGAGGUCUGCAAAAUAACGAUGAAUAAUUAUCCUACAGUGGACAAUCUCGGGUGUAAGUUCCUGAAGGCCUACGCCAAAGCCUGUGAGACAAGACAAGUUGACCUCCAGAACUGGUGGACAGCAGCUCAGUGCCAGUACCCAGAGCCCAUUUGUGAGCAACAAUGCAGUGAUCACGAGUUCUGUGGAGAUAUCAACGGAAACUCUGACUGCCGCUGCAGAGCCAUUUAUGCCUCUCAGUUCACUGAACAGAACCAACUGGGAGGUCCAACUGUCUGCCAGGACAACACUGCCUCAAUCAGUCUGGUGGGUUGUCUCCUGAUGGAAAAUGGCAUCGACUACACUCACUUGCACCUCAAUGACCAGACCUGCACAGGUGUGAUGGACCCGGACAGUCACAUGCUGAAAUUCACAUUCAAAAGUGACGAUUGUGGAACCGAGGUCACGACCAACAACAGCCAGCUAAUCUUCUCAAAUGCGAUUGUGACCAGGAACAGCUCCUCAGACCUCAUCACUCGUCAGGAUAAAGUCUUCAUUGAGUUCUCCUGCAGCCAUCCUAAACCUGAGCUGCAAAACGUGGCCUUCAACAUUUUGGACAACUCUGUGGAAGUUUUCCUCCAAUCUGGAGAAUGGAAGUACAGCGUGACCAUGAAGGCUUACUCUGAUGCUGCCCAUACCAACCUUUUGGGUCCAAAGAGUGAUGUCAGGCUGAACCAGAAGAUCUGGAUUGUUCUGGAGACCAAUGGUCUGGAUGGAAGUCUGGUUUCUGUGGUGACCGACUCCUGCUGGGCAACCAGUGAGGACUCACCCAGCAGUGUUCCCAGAUAUGACCUGAUCAAAGAUGGCUGUCCAAACGCAGAUGAUGGAACAGUUAGUGUGAUGGGAAAUGGAGAAGGAACCUCCAACUCCUUCUCCUUCAACAUGUUUGAGUUCUCUGGAAAGGAACCUUCAGAAGUCUACCUUCACUGCCAACUGCAGCUGUGUGUUAAGAAGAACAACAACUGUGUGCCGGGUUGCUUUUUUGCAGUUCGGAGACGCAGAUCUCUCAGAUACAGACGUGGAGCUCCAGCCUUGAUCAGCAUGGUCUGGACUCAUUAGGUAAGACACUCUUGUUAAGAAAAUCAUAUAAGACUUCCUUUACACAUUAACAAAAAUCAAGCUUCCAUAAGUUUUUUCUUUUUUUUAACAGCAUCAGUCUCACAGUGUUCUGAUUUUCUUCGCAGAUCGUGAUCUUGCCAAACCAUCAGAGUUCUGACCUGAUUCUGGUUCUGAACGCGGACGUGUGAAGAAAUAUCAGUUCUCUUUGCUGUUAAUCAACUUAAUGAAUUGAUUAGGAUUUCUGAUGAUGAUGAUUUCUUAGGAGGGAAGGGAACUGUACUUUAUGAAAUGUAUCAUCGCAUCUGUUCUCUGCUUUAUUAUUAACAUGGUGGAAGGAUCUGAAUGACCUCAGAGCUGCUUUUAUACUCAAUCCAGUUACGUAAUCAAAUAUAUAUUCAAGGACUUCUGAUUUCUAAAAGCUCGUUUUACAUCAUGCACCAAUCAAUUCACAGACAAGCUUUGUAUUAAUCAGUUUUCUUAGAAAAUUAUAUAUUUUUUCAAUUUACUAUUUGUUGAUCAUUUGUUAAGCAUCCAAAAGACAAAAAAAAUAAAAAAAAAUUGUGGGGGACAUCAUAGUUGUGUUUUGUUUUUCUUUGAAACCAUUGAUCUAUAAUUUCUCGGUAAUGAAGGGUCAACUUUAUGAUUCAUGUUGGGACAGUUUGGACAAGCAAAGUAAUCAAAGAAAACUGGUAAAGAGGCUAAAAGUCCAGAUGACAAUAUUGGAAGGAAAAUAUAUUGAGUUUUCAAGCAGAACGUAGUAAAGAAUUUAGAAAAUUACAUUUUAGGAUUUUUUAAGGAUAUGUGUAAUGAAGUACAAAUUAAACAAAUAUCUCCUACA